UGCGCAGAGGAGUUUGUGUUGAAUGCCUCUCCAGCUGGAAUGACUCCCCCCUCAGCACUGAGCUCUCUCUCAUCCCGUAACACUGCAAGCAGGGAGUGAACUUUUGAAACUCUUUUAAGCUUUCCGAUUUACCUUUUUUUUUAACAAAAAAACAAAAAACAAAGUUAUUAUUUAAAUCAUGUUUUGGUCAGUGCCGCUGUGCGUAAUCGUAGCCUUCUUUGCGUCCGUGCCGGCAGACGCGCAAGUCUCCAGGUAUGUUAUCGGAUGUCCUGCUCGGUGUGACAAGUCGAUGUGUCCCCGGCUUCCAGCGGACUGCAAGGAGGGGCAGACCCUCGAUGCCUGCCACUGCUGCACCGUUUGCGCGUCCGGAGAGGGCGAAGCGUGCGGCGGCAGCGGCAAGCUCGGGGACCCGGUGUGCGGAGAGGGGCUGGAGUGCUCGGUCUCCGGCGGGGUGGCGUACACUGUCACGGUGAGGCGGAGGAGCAAGAGCGGGGUUUGCGUGUGCAAAGCCACCGAGCCGGUUUGCGGGAGCGAUGGGGUGUCCUACAGGAAUAUCUGCGAGCUGAAGAGGGUCAGCCGCCGGGCGCAGAAGCUGCAGCAGCCACCUGUUCUUUUCAUUCAGCGGGGAGCCUGCGGCAAAGCUCAGGACAAUCCAGACAGCCCAAGGCACAAGUACAACUUCAUCGCCGACGUGGUGGAGAGAAUUGCUCCGUCUGUGGUUCACAUUGAACUUUACCGCAAGAUGACUUAUUCCAAACGGGAGGUGGCUGUGGCCAGUGGUUCUGGGUUUGUUGUGUCAGAAGACGGCCAGAUUGUGACCAAUGCCCACGUCGUGGCGAAUAAACACAGGGUGAAAGUUGAGCUGAAGAGCGGCGCCUCCUAUGACGCCAAAAUCAAAGACGUGGACGAGAAAUCCGACAUCGCCCUCAUCAAGAUCGAAGCACCGACCAAGCUUCCCGUGCUGUUGCUGGGCCAUUCAUCAGACCUGAGACCAGGGGAGUUCGUGGUGGCUAUCGGCAGCCCGUUUUCCCUCCAGAACACGGUUACUACAGGAAUCGUCAGCACCACUCAGCGAGGAGGCAGAGAGCUGGGUCUCCGCAAUUCAGACAUGGACUACAUUCAGACUGAUGCCAUUAUCAAUUACGGCAACUCUGGAGGGCCUCUAGUAAAUCUGGAUGGUGAAGUGAUCGGGAUCAAUACGCUGAAAGUGACGGCCGGCAUCUCCUUUGCCAUACCCUCAGACAAGAUUCGACAGUUCCUGGCUGAGUCUUACGACAGGCAGUCCAGAGGGAGAACAGACGCCAAAAAGAAGUAUAUUGGCGUGAGGAUGAUGACUCUGACUCCGGCGCUAGCCAAAGAGCUGAAGACUCGACACCGUGACUUCCCCGACAUCACCUCUGGAGCUUAUGUUAUGGAGGUCAUCGCAAAGACGCCGGCUGCAACUGCUGGACUCAAAGAGCAUGAUGUCAUCAUCUCCAUCAACGGCCAGAGGAUUUCAACAGCGACUGACGUCAGUGCGGCCAUCAAGAGAGGCGACACCUUGAAGGUAGUUGUGCGCCGCGGCAACGAGGACGCCAUCCUCACCGUUGUUCCCAUGGAGAUCGACCCUUGACCCGUCGCGAAUCACAACAGGAGGAGCUGGAGCUAGGUUUUACUUGUCACCAGUGGACCUUUAUUUUGAAGAGGGCUUCUAUUGACACACCCUCUCCCUGUGGCUCAAAGGCCAACGCCGACACACAUCCAAGAAAAUCCUGGCUUUGCCUUGAAAGCAACGACUGUACAGAUGCCCUAAAAGCAGUGCUGUACUUAGUUUGUCUUGUUUUUCACUUUUAGUCUUCAGUGCUCUCAUCAAUGUUACUACUGUUUGGUCACAGACAUAAAAAAAGUUGACAAUUGGCUUUUCAUCUGCUUUCUUGUUUUAUUUCGUCUUUAAUGUGGACUUUUGCUCAGUCAGGCAUUUCACUGCCAUUCUACUUACAGACUCAGUGAGCAAAUCUAAUUUGUAUAAUUGUUGUUUUUUUAAACUCCUUUUUUAAAAGUACUGUAGAAUGUUUUUUUUUUGUUGAUUAUGUGAUGUAUACUGAAAAGAAAAUAAAGGUUUAAAGUUUA